GACUCGUUCGCGAACGUAACAUCUCUUGCAGAAGGUCACACGCGUGCUUUCAAACACAAGCUGCUACAUGAAUGCUCAGGGAGAAUUGUAUAGCAGUAAAUAUAACCAACAACGACGUAAUACAGACAUCCGGUACAGCAUAAAUGAAAAUUUAGGUUACUGCGAAAAACGCAAACUAGUAAAAUGUUGCUUUUAUGCAGCUAACUUGCUGUGGACAUAGAGGGGUAGCCUAGCAGGAUUAGAUAGCUAGCUUUACAGUUAGCUUUUUAAAGGAAACAAACUUCUCACAACCAGCAACAAUGUUGAGGGGUCUCUCAAGACUUUCAAGAAGCACCCUGUCACUCAGGGAAGUGUGCUCAAGAGGUCAGCGCUUUGGGUUUGCACUAAAAUACUCUACAGCACCAGCAGAAAGAAGAAGAUUUUAUAAAGAUGUCAGUAUAUCUCAAGGUGAUGGAGGUGUGUUUGAGAUAAACCUGGACAGAAGGAAACUAAAAACUCCUGGAGGGAAGCUGUUCACAGUACCAAAUGAAGCCCUGGCCAUUGCCGUGGCAACUGAGUGGGAUGCUCAAAGGGACUCACUCAAGUUCUACACCAUGCACAUGACAACACUGUGCAACACAGCUCUGGACAAUCCCACCCAACGUGACAAGGAUCAAAUGAUCAGUGCAGCCCUGAAGUUCCUGGAAACCGAUACUGUCUGUUACAGAGUUGAGGAGCCCAUUGGUUUGGUUGAUCUACAGAAGAAUGAGUGGGAUCCUGUGCUGCACUGGAUUGAAGACAGAUAUAAUGUCACCAUUGGCUCCUCGUCCAGUAUUUUGGGUCCUGUCAUCCCAGAAGCAACCAAAGACACAUUCCGGCAACACCUGAAUUCUUACAACUUCUGGUCCCUGACAGGGCUCGAGUAUGUGAUCACCCAACUGAAGUCUGUUGUGCUGUCAAUGGGGAUUAUUGACAGACAUCUGAGUGUGGAACAGGCCGUGCUGCUCUCCAGACUUGAGGAGGAGUACCAGAUUCAGAGCUGGGGAAAUGUUGAGUGGGCCCACGACUACGACAUGUAUGAGCUGAGGGCGCGAACUUCUGCUGGAUCUCUUUUCGUUCACCUCACAUCUGAGAGUUCAACUGUCAAACGCAAACUUAUGCAGGACUGAGAAGGACAAACCCACACAUAAAUCUCUCAUUGAGCAUCAAGGAAAUCUGUCCUCCUACUGAGAAACACCACAACCCCCUCAGUUUAUCCAUGUUUUACAUCCCUACAGGCAAAACACAACAAACCCUUCUGCUACUAUUUAGCAGAGACAGCUACUGUGCCUGUGGUCUGUUAUACAGUAGAGUUCUCUCACCCCGAAAAACACAUUGGCUGUUUUUUGCAGUGUUGAUACGAGGGAGCUGCCAAGGGUGACACCCUUCACCGAGUUUCCAGUCAGUUCUCAGUCAGCUGUGACAUUUUGGAAUCUGCUCAUGAGAAUGGUGACUAAUGUUGUUGUCUGUUUGGUUGUGGAAUGUUAAUUCCAUGCCAGCUUUCUCUGUGUGCUACAUUUGAAUACUGCAAGAUGCAUAUGCUAUCCUAACAGCACACAACCCAUACUGACUAUGCUGUGUCGGAUUAGAUAACAUGCAAAACCUUAAUGUGCACUUCAUGUUGCAUUCAAAUUAUUUACUGUACACUUUGUAAAUAAGAAAGUCAUCAUUAUUUACGUUGUAUUCAUCUUGUCAGUUUCAUUAUGGUUAGGGGAAGAUUGAGUGCUUUGCUUCAGAGGACUAUUCAUUAAAUUUAAUUUCAGAGUUCUUUUUCUUCAAAAUAUUAUCUGUAAAUCUAAAAGUAGACUACACCAUCUUUCCAUGUCACUUUAAGGUACAAAGCUGAAGGUAUUGUUUCUUUGCAGUUCAAAUUAUUAAAAGGCUAUUAAAACUGCUACAUCAUCUGA